AUGGGAUCUCAGUCCCAACUGUGCUUGAGCUGUAGGAAUUCGGAUUCCUAUGGGCAGAUUUCUCGAGGCUUGUGCGAAAAGGGCUGUGAUUGGGACACACUGCAGUGCAGAGUGAAGACAAAGGAGCUGAGGCAAGCGAACCAUAGAACCAGGGAGGCAAACCGCUGCUCAAGUGCUUCACCUAAGACCUGCCGAUUCUAUAAGGAACUGGAUGCUAUCCUCGGUGACUACCCAACCUCCAUUGCUAAGAUCCUCGUGGACACUUCGGAGGGCACGGAGAUAGCGGAAAGAGGACAUAACCCGGAGGAUGAAGUUAUUGAUGAAGAGGUGGAGUUAGAUGAGGAUGUGCAGCUUCCGGUGGGGUUGCUAGGUGGGGCAGGCAGCCAGGAACUGUUCUCCACUCCAGAAGUGUCUAGCCAGUCUCAGCAAUUGCUCUUCAGUGAACAAGAAGCAGGAGAUGAGACACCUGCUGUGGCCUUGAGGAACACCCCACGCACUCCAGCUGAGCGUCUCCACCAGAUAAGAAAGUACUCAAGACGCAGCAAAGAAGACAUGUUCUGGGAGGUCCUGCAGUGCUCCAAUGCAGAAAAAAGGGAAUGCAAGGAAUGCUGGGAAGCCGAAUGGCAGGACAGAAAAGAGAAUCACGCAUUUGUUAAGGACACAACUGAGCAGAUGCUUAAAGUAAUGGAGGAGCAAACACAGAUGCUGAAGUCCUUAAUAGUGCUGCAGACUGAGCAGAUCAGUGCUCGACCUCCACUGCAGCACAUUCAGAACUCUUUUCCAUGCUCCUCCAAACUCCAUGCACACAUUCCUUUCCACCUUCUAUGA